GCUGCUGAUCCGCGUUUGUGCGCGGUCGGAAGAGCUGGACUCCAGCGAGGAGCUCUAUGCUCAGCUGCGUCUACUGGGUGGCCAGAAAGUCUUCCUGCUGGUCGUGAUCACGGAGCAGCGGCGAUUCCUCGGAGCUGUCCAGCACUUGCAGCUGAGCAACCUGAUCUUCUACGUGUGCCAGGAGGGAUCCCGAGAUCUCACCGACGCAGUGCGCUUCGGAAUGGACUACAGCUAUGCAGCUGUGACCUUCGGCCAACACAGCCUGGAAGCCGCCAAAACCGUCAGCCCCCUUUCGCCGGCGCUGCAAGCGAGCAGCCUGCGAAAGUCUUUGGACCAGUCGCACAGGCACUGGCUCAAGCGCGACAGUCGCGGCUUGUCACCCACAUCAGACAUCAACGGCUGCUUUGAGAAGGGGCCGGACCAGUUUUUUCCCGGCCGUUUCCACAAGACCACUGCAUUCGAGCCAUCGCCGCACUACGCGCAGCACUUGGAGAUGAAGGUGCUGCAUGCGAGCGGCGAGGAGCUCGCCAGGCUCGCCGCCUCGCUUGCGCAAACGCCGCAGCUGGACGUCAACGCCUGGGAUGGACAAGGUGAGACGCUUCUACACAAGGCCGCUAGAAGGGGUCAGCCUGAAAUACUGGCGCCGCUGUUGCUGAUGGCGGCAGAUCCGAACUGCCGCGCGAAGGAUGGGCGCUGCCCUCUGGACUGUAUUCCGAAAGGCCCUGGUGGAGAUCUCGCCCGGUCGUUGCUGAUGAUGGCGGGUGGAGAG